ACUACUUUGUAGCUCCAUAGGUCGGAUGUAUGAUGCAAUGUUUGUGUCUAACUUAUUCACACUAGCCUACUUUCAAGUAGCCUAAAGUCUACUUGGUUUAAAAAAGGGUUCAAGAAUUUACCACUUAUGCUGUGAUGUGAAGUGUUUGUAUUGCUGACCUCGGCGAUAGGGCGUAUGGUGUGAACUGCUGAUGACAGCGAAGCCACUACAUGUUUGCAGAAUGUGAGGUUAACAUAACUUUCUUCUUUUUGCAAAUUGUCCGCCGGAAAUCAUAUUCUCUCAACAUGUCGCUGAAUAUUCUAAAUUUCAAAAAGGGUUGGAUAUUCAGGCUGGAUGAUGAUGAAGAGUGGAGAAAAUACUGGUUCGUUUUGGCCAACUCAAGGCUGAAAUAUUACAGAGACUCUCAGGCAGAGGAGAGAGAUGAACUGGAAGGAGAGAUUGACGUACGUUCUUGUGCAGAUAUUGUUGAGUGUGACGUGGAGAAGAACUAUGGAUUUCAGGUUCAUACCCAAGAGUCUGUGAUCACUUUGUCUGCCAUGACUUCCAGAAUCAGGAGGAGCUGGGUUGAGAUUUUAAGAAGGAAUAUUUUUUCAGACAACCUUCCGGAUCAAUGUCAUGGCUCCAGAUCUGAGAUCGUGGGCUCCAAGGCCAAUUCCCUAGAUGUUGAUCAGGAUGAGUCAAAUCUGGUGAGAGCUCCACUGACUAAUCAGAGAGAGGCAGGGGAGGGACGUGAUCGUGAUCAGGAGAGGAGAUUGGAGGAUCGAACCAGGUGGUUCCAGGAAGGUGUUCUGUGCAGUGAUGGGGUGUGCACCAGAUGGGACACAAUUGAACUUAAAAAGGGGACAUCCCAAGCAACAGAUCAAUUAGCAGAUAAUAUUGUUGGAGAAAGCAAAGACAUUGACAGGAAAUGGGAAGUUUUUGAGAGGCUGCCAUUUGGAGAGAUGAAGUCCCUUUGUCUGGAUGGUUCUCCAAACCAUGACUCCAGUAAUGAGGGAGAGGUUUUGUCACCGAGACAAAGAAGAGAAGUUUUACGCUCUGGACAAACAGAAGGUAGCUCGAGUGCUGGUGUGGGGGGCCUGAGUGCUGGUGUGGGGGGCCUGAGUGCUGGUGUGGGGGGCCAGUGUGCUGGUGUGGGGGGCCUGUGCGGCCCUACUGCCCCCUGUGUCCCGCGGCUGAGAGCACUGGAGCAGCUCUAUGAAGAGAGCCUGGAGGCGGCGCAGAGGGACCAUGAGAGGCGGAUAGAGGAGCUGCAGAAGGAGAAGGAGCGCCUCUUGAUGAAGGAAGCUCAAGCUGCCGCCAAGACUAUGGAGGCUUUAAGGAAGGCCCAUCAGGAGGAGCUGGAGAAAGCCAAAGGUUUGGUGGGAAGAGAGGCUCUAACAGAGAGCAGGAAGCCGUUGUGUGAGGCAGGUGAGCUGCAGGUGGAGCUGGAUGGGCUGUCUGAGAGGUACUCAGACAAGUGUGUGGAGCUCAGCCGCAUACAGGAGAGCAGUAGAGACACCUACUCAGAGAUGGAGCACCAGACAGUCAUAGAGCACCUCAGGAAAGAAAACCAGGAACUGCAGUCUCGGCUGACCGAAGAAAUCACCCUCAUGCGUGCCUUCAUCACAGGUCAAAGGUCACAGUCACAGUUGAUUUUCUAUGGAAGUCACGACCAUAGCUCCUCUGACAUGGAGGUGCUAUUACGAGCAAAAGACAAUGAGAUCAUGUAUCUGCAGAAGGAGAUCAGCUGUCUCAGAAAUGAAGUAGUCUCUCUGAUGAAGGAGAAGCAGUCUGUGUGUGAGCGCUUUAAGGAGGUGUACGUGGAGCUGAGCCGGGUGAGAGGAGCCAGUGAGCGGGAGCUGGGCUGUCUGAGGGAGCACCUGAAUCUCACUAUAGCGGCAGUGCAGGAGCAACAGCAUAUGAGCAGCAGCACGUAGCCCUGGACACCAGUCUCCAACUACAGUGUUUUACCAUACGGUCAAAUGCAAGCUCUUUUGUCAAAUUAUUUUCAAAAUGAUGACAAGCUAUGUGUUAGUUACCUAUGUGGUAUGAAUAACAAAACAAAAGCUUUUUGAUUUUAAUGAUUAAGAUUUAAAUUAUACCGCUCCU